CAGAGUGGCCAAAGACCAUGACCGGUCUCCCGAGCACAUCGGGAACCACCGCCAGCGUGGUCAUCAUCCGAGGCUCCAAGAUGUUUGUCGCUCACGUGGGCGACUCCGGGGUGGUGCUGGGAGUCCAGGAUGACCCCAAAGAUGACUUUGUGAGAGCUGUGGAGGUGACGCAGGACCACAAGCCUGAGCUUCCCAAAGAAAGGGAGAGGAUUGAAGGCCUUGGGGGCAGUGUCAUCAACAAGUCUGGUGUGAAUCGUGUUGUCUGGAAGAGACCUCGCCUGACUCACAACGGCCCUGUGCGCCGCAGCACCGUCAUCGACCAGAUUCCCUUCCUGGCCGUGGCCAGAGCUCUGGGUAAGUGCCCCCUGCGUGGGAAUGAGACAUCAGCACGCAACCCACCGGAGCUGAAUUACACCCUGCUCUGCCAAAACAUUUAGUUUAGAGGGAUUCGGUCACUUGCCAUGAUUUUAAGGCUUUCUAAAAUUAUGAGCCUUAGGAGUAUUUUUAAUACAGUGCAAAUGUAACUUUUCAAGUGGAGCUGUAGGAGGUGGCAUUGGUGAGUGGAGGACUGGUUGUACAACAUGCAGGACUUCCACCUCAGUUCUGAUAAAGAUUGUACUUAAUGAGAAUGUGGUGAGUGCCUCCAAGAUGUACAGCACAGUCAGUCUUUUUCUUAUUGAGACAGUGAGACAGUAAUUUUUGGCUAGGUGGUGAUGAGAUUGUUUUGCUGCAUAGCAACGAAGGCGCUUUGUUCUUGUGUCUCUUUGUAAAUCUUUCAAGAUGAUGUAGAUUAAGAAAAGGGUAGAAGUCAGCCUGUGUGCUUUAUCUAUAACUUGUCUUUGCAAUAGUGUUGGUAAUGGGAAACUUCUGAGGAACACUCUAAUAGGGAUGAAAAUAAAUACAACAGUGCCUAGCAAGCUUGUUAUGAAUGCUUUCUGGAAAGUACUUAAUAACUUGAUCUUUGGCAAUCUCUUGCCCAUGUGUGUUACUAUUUUCUAGCCAGUUGUUUUCCUGAAAUUUUACUGCCAAAUUCCAGUCUUCUGCUGUUCGCUUUCCUUCCUCCCUUAGUGAAGAAAUCUCUAUCCAGAUUGAUUCAGUAUAGGCUAGAUUCUACGGAAAUAUAGUAUCAUUUUUUUCACCUGUGAAAACUGUUCUAUGACUUAAUUUCUUGGCAAAUGUGGAGGUUACGUGAUAGUGCUGUCAGUGUUCCUAGAUCAGCUGGCGGUGUGUCACAGGGACAGUCUGUUCCUGGGACCAUGGUCAUCUUGUGAUAACUGCAUAACCUUACUGUGUCUUAUUUCAGAGGCAGUUGUGUGUUUUGCAUGGAUUUGUCUAAUGUCAAGAAUAAUUGUGCAGUGGUCUUACCUUGUAAAAGAUCUAGCUAUAGAGGCCACAGGUGAUUGAAUGCUGAUCUUUUUCAUAAAAAAUUCUUUUUUUUCCUUUCUUUAUCUUUCAAAUCUCACUGUGUAUCAUUGUAGACAAGGUAGCUGCUUAUCUUAUGAUUAAUAAAAUCUACCUAAGAUAUUAAGUCCUUUGGAGUUGAUGGAUGGAAAUCUUUGCUAGUCAUCUACCAAGUAAUAUCACAUUCUUUACCUCUUUUCUGCAAAGUGUCUGUGUUUGUUGUAGGUUACAAAAAGUGGGUAUAGUUUAAUUUCAAUUAUUUUUCAUUUCUACACUUCUGAAUUUGUUGUGUACAAAAACCUCAAUGACUUUUGAUCCAGUUCCUCUCGGCAAGUUGAACAAAAGGAUUUGGCUGGGUUCUGCAUGCAGAUGGGAAUUCAAGGAAUGAUGCAUCUGUUAGCCCCCUCCUGCGUUCUUUCCAGUUAUGUGGAUGAGGGGGAUUACUGGGGAGUUUUAGGUCUGAGGAACAAGAACACUUUGUAACAAUACUUGGUGUCAAAAGUUAGAGGAUUAGAACACUUAAAAAGGACAGUGCCCUCCGCAAAUCGUGUAGGAGAAACAGGUUUACAAUGUGACGAUAUUUUGGUAUUUCCCUGCUCUGGGAGCCUCCAAAAGCCUCUUUGCAUUCCCUUCCGAGGAGGUGUGACAAACCUCCUGCAAAAAAGAACGCAGCUGCUUUGCUCUGCAGGACCCAGAUGGUGCACAGACGCUCACAGUUUGGAAACAGGAUUUAACUUCUUUCUGAGGCCAACAUGCCCCUUCCACUGCUUACAAAAGACCUACCACAACUGAAACCAUUUGCAUUCAAGCUAUUGGAGGCCUGCUCGACCUCUUGGCUGGUUCCCAGGUUGCUACCCUGAUUGGCACAGCUCUGCUAUGCUGGAGCUUCUCCAAGUGGAGUAGUAACUGGCAGUGCUGCCAUACUGGUCACCAACACUCCGGUCCAUCCCCUCACGAUCUAGCACAGAGAUUCCUUUUGUUAAUUCCAAAUUUGCUUGUUGUUCUCAAUAGAAACCCCAUGUUGCAAAGGUCUGGGGCUUAUUAUGUGGACAGAAAUUUUUAGCUGGACAGCACGAUACUCUAGUUGCUGCCCUGCACCUACAAGGCAAACAGAGCUGUGUAUUUAUUAUCUUUAAAG